AUGAAUAAAUUUAUUCGCAAAAACUCAUUAAAUACAUAAGCUCUUAAAGAAUAAGAGAAUAAAAAACUCAAAUAAUACAUUCUUUAAAUGGAACAAGAACCAUCCCUUUAUGAAACUUUGACAUAAGAGUAAAUAUUUGGUAUAUUAUGCAUCAUCCUUACAAAAUCAUCUUAUCAUAGAACUUAAUCAGAAAUUGAAAUACUUAAAAAAGCCACUAUUCAUAUAGACUAUUUCUAAAAAUUGAUUGAAAAAAAUUAAGGUCCUUUAUUAUGGGAAAGAUGUCUUAGAAAAAUGAGUUAUACAUAUCUUUCUUAUGGUUAAACAUUAUUUCGAGAAGGUAUUUACUAAUUUCAUUUUAAGGUGAUGUUGGUACUACCUUCUAUAUUAUUUUAUAAGGAAGGGUAUCUAUCCAUAAAAGAUUAUUAGUUUAAGAUUAAUUUGAAGAUAAAGAAUUAAUCUAAUUAUAAGAUGGAUAAGGUUUUGGGGAAUUAGCACUUGAGAAUAAUGAACCACGUUCAGCCUCUGUUAAAGCCAUACUUCCAACUCAUUUAGCAGUCUUAGAAGCUGAAGAUUAUAUGGUUAUCAAAAAAACUGUGGUAAUCCUAAAUUAUUCAAAAUAAGAUUAACCAAUAAAGAUAAAUGUAUUUUGAAGAGUUUGCUAAAUUGAGUAUUUUCAGAGAUUGGAAGUUUAUGAGCAUUAAAUCAUUAUUUGAUGUAAUAAAAUAAAAUAAAUAUCGACUUAAUCACACUAUUUACAAAGAGGGUGAUCCUUCAAAUGAAGUUUAUUUUAUAUAAACUGGUUAAUUUAAAGUAAUAUAUAUUUAAUUAUUACUGUAGGUAGUUAAAACAUUAAGAAUAGCAUAAUAACUUGAAGAGAAUAAUUAUUAAGAUGAUCUAUAAAAAUUGAAAGAUAGGUUUGCUUAUUCUAAACCAAGUCUAUCUAAUUCAGAUAAAAUAGAUAUGCUCUAUUAGAAAAAGAAAUAUGGAAACCUUGUUAUUGGAGAUAAAAAAUCUUGUAUGACAUUAAAAUUUGUUGGUGCAGGUGAGAUGUUUGGAGAAUUAGAAAUUUUAAAAUAAUAGGAUUUAUGUAGAUAAUUUAGUUAUAUAUCCACUUUUGAAUCCAAUACUGUAUAUUCUGUCUCCAAAAGAGAUUUCUUAAGAGUCUUAUAAAAUGAUCAACCCUUAUUAAAAAGUUUGAAUUCUUUAAAUGAUGAUAAACUAAAAUAAGCUCUAGCAUAGAUUUAAGCAUAUGAAAAGAAUUUUAUUGAUUAAACAGACAAAUAAAUUGUUCUCCAAAGAACUUAAAUUAAAGAAUAACUUAAUCCAAAAUUAUUAACUGAUGAAGAUUUGCAAUCAAAUGUAUUAGUACGUAAUAAAACUUUUGUUUCUAAAGUGAGCAGUAAAAAAAAGUAAAUAGAUAAAAAAAUUCGAGAACUUACUUUAACAUUAGAAUCUCCUAAGUCUGAAAUGAAUUAUAGUACAUUACUUAAGUAAUUAUAUAAAUCUGAAAAGCAUAGAAGAUAAAGGACAGAAUUGUAAAUUGUUUUGUCUUAUAAGAAAGGACCUAAAAAUACUAAAAAAUCAAUAGAAAAAAGACCAAAAACAGAAAUGUUGUCUCUUGACUCUCCUAAACUAAAUGUAUAUAUAAGUAAUGUUCUAUCAAAAUUAUUUUCAUCAUAGCCUAUAAUAAAAGAGAAUUUAAAUUAAGAAGAAGAGAACUAUAAAUAAAAAUUCAAUUUAAAAGAGAUUAAAAAAAGCAGCGAUCAUAUUUAAGAUAGUUCUCGAAAUUUAUAAAAGAAAUAUCCAACUGAAACAACUUUAACCAGGAGAAUACAUUCAACAACUUCUAGAUAAUUAUAAACAAGUCCAACUUAAUCUAAAUUUGGAUUAAUAGAUAAAUUUAAUUCUAAUUCUUUUAAAUCACAUCUUCCUUUUGUUUUGCAAAAUAAAUAUUUUGGAUUAACACCUAAAGAAUAAUGA